GGCAAGGCGCCUGCGCCACCCGAACAGCCGCCGUGUGGCUAGUGACCGCAGUGUGGCUGACUGUCCGAAUAUCAGGAAGAAAUCCAGACGGCCACCUCCAACAAACCUCUAGCACACAUCCUCCAACCCCUCAACAAUGGCGUCGCAGCUUCUUCCCCUCGAGCUGAUCGACCGGUGUGUCGGAUCUUCCAUCUGGGUCAUCAUGAAAGGCGACAAAGAGUUCAGCGGCACUCUACUUGGAUUCGACGACUUCGUGAACAUGGUGCUCGAAGACGUGACGGAGUACGACUAUUCGGGCGCGCAAACGAAACUGCCCAAGAUCUUACUCAACGGCAACAACAUCUGCAUGCUCAUCCCCGGAGGCAUGCCAGACGCUGAAGAAUGAGCUCAUUACAGAGUAGCAUGAGCCGUCGCACGUGGACGCAGACUCUAGAAGGCAUGGCGACGGGAGCUGCAUUCAAAUUCUGCGCAUCUGCGGAGGGAGGCGCAAGGGCAGCGCUUACUUUGCUGUAACGCCGCGGCACCGCAACGCAGGACGAGAGAUGAGGCAUGUGCA